UCUCCCAGGUUCUAGUGAUUCUCCUGCCUCAGCCUCCUGAGUAGCUGGGACUACAGGAACCCGCCACCAUGCCUGGCUAAUUUUUGUAUUUUUAGUAGAGACGGGGUUUCACCGUGUUAGCCAGGAUGGUCUUGAUCUCCUGACCUCGUGAUCGGCCCACCUUGGCCCCCCAAAAUGCUGGGAUUACCGGAGUGAGCCACCGCGCCCAGCCAGGGGAGAAAGUUCUAUGAAGAAAAAUAAAGCUGGGAAGGGAGAGAUAACAUGUUUGGGGGUAGGGUGAGCUUACAAAUUUAUACAAGAUGGUAGAGAAAGCCUCUUUAAGAAAAUGGCAUUUAAUUGAAGACUGGACCCAUGUAGAUAUCUAGAGAAAGCACAUUCCAGGCAGAGGCACCAGCAAGGGCAAAGGUCCUGCAGUGGAAGUGGUCCCGUGGCUGGGGCUGUGUGAGAAGGAGGACAGUGAGACCCAUGGGGUGGGAGGUGGGGCAGGACACAUAGUAUUGGCUCUUGAGGCCAUUCCAAAGACUUUGACUUUUACUCAGAAUGAGAUAGAAUGCCACUGGAUGCCUCUAUAACAAGGAAUGACAUGACCUGAGUCACACUAUAAUAGGAGUUUCCUGGCAGUUGUGUUAAGGUAGACCAAAGUGGGACAAGGGCAAAAGUAGGGCGAGGAGAUGGGAUACAAUGACAAUCAUCCAUGCAAAAGACAAGGGGGGCUUGAAUCAAUGUGAUUACAGUAGAGGUUGAUGAGAAGUGAUCCAAUUCUGAUUAUGAUCUGAAGGUAGAGUAAGACAGCAAGAUUUUCUGUGGAAGAAAAGAGUCAAGAAUGACUUCAAGAUUCUUGGACUGAACAAGGGUAUGGAAGACUGAGGCAGAAGAGGUCUAGGGGGACAGAACAUCAGGAGUUCAGCUCUGCAUGUAUUACAUUGGUGAUAUUAAUUACCCAUCUAAAUGGAGAUUUCGAUUAUGCAGUUAGAUAUAUGAGCAUAGUGUUCAGGACAGCUGUGCAAGCAGGCUGAAGACAUAAAUUUGAAAGUCAUCAGCAUAUAUGCUUAAAGCUUUGAAAUUAGGUGGAAAAUCAAAGGAGUGAGCGUAGACACAAAAGAGAUUCAAGGCGUGAGCUUCUGGUGGCUUCUUCUACAUUAAGGGGCACUUCUAUGUUAAGAGGUGGAGAGAAAAGGGUUCAGCAAAGUAGGCUGAGAAGGAGAUGCCUCAUGGAGAAAAGCCUUAUGAGCACAAUGUCCUGGAAACUAAGAAAAGAAAGUGUUUUAAGGAGAAAGAAAUGAUCAGUUAUGUUAUAUGAUGCUGUCAGAGCCAAGAAGAUUAUGGCUGAGAAUUGGCCAUUGAGUUUACAACAUGGAAGGCCCUGGAGACCUAGGUAUAGGCAGUUUCAUUGGAAUAAUGGAGGCAAAAACCUAAUUGCCAUGGAGAGGUUUCUUGAAACCUAAUUGCAGCAGUUUCAAGAGAGACUAGGAGAACAGAAACUGGGGAGAGUCAGUAUGGACAACUCUUUCGUAUUGCUCUAAAGGGGAGCAGAAAAAUAGGGCAGAAGCUAAAAUAUAGCAUGGGUUCAAGGCAGUCGUUUUGUUUUUUUGAGAUAGGAAAAACCAACAGCAUGUUGUAGGCAGGCGGGCAAUAUCCUAGAAGAAAGAAAAAAACCAAUGAUGCAGGUAGAGAAUCCCUGAGUGCAGUCCUUGAUGAGGGCAAGGGAGGAGCCCUCCUGUUGACCUGAGAUGGGAUAUGUGAUCAUGGGGAAGGUAGGCAAAUUGUGGGAUGUGGCUGUAGAAGUGUGUGGUAGAAGUUCUCUUCUGAGUACUUCUGGUUUUUUGUGUGUCUUAGGAAAUAAAUCAUUAGCAGAGUGACAUGGGGGAGGAAGAGUGGAAGGUUUGAAGAAAAAGGGAAAGUGUGAAACGGUCCUUGAGGAGAACAGGAAAGCCAAUGGACUGGGGAAAUGGAUCUGAUGGCCAGGUAGUAUUAAGAACCCCUUGAAGCUAAUGAACGUGAAUUCAAAGUGAGGCAGUAAGUUGUGGGUGUGUGUGAAGGAUGGACUCUAAUGACUAACCAUGGAAUUUAAAAUGGGUUAGGAGGGCUAUAAUGGUAAAGGAAGGUGGGAGAAGUGCAAAGGUGGCAGGUUCAAUGGAUCGUAGGCUCCAGAGGGUUGAGAUAUUAUUAAAGUCUGGGCACUCGAGUGACUGAGCUUCAAGAAUCAACGGUGGUGAUUAGAGACGGGGUGCUUGAAACUGAGGUUGUGGAAAAAGUACAGGUGAUUGAAAUGGCACCAUCUAGAUGUGAUCACAGUAGUGAGUAGCUGAAGUAGGUGUUUUACUAGAGAAUUUGUUUGGUUAAGUAAUCACACUUUUCUCUCUUUCAAUCCUGUCCCAGUUGAAGCCACUUCAGUACAUUGUCCUGAAGUUUUAUUUCUCAAAUAAAGCCUAACAAAAUAUUUAUUCACUUUGUCAGCCCAUAGGCCAUGAAUGACACAUCGUGACUCAUGGAUGCCCUGGCUCUUUGCAUCCUGCACACAGACACAUGAUGGACACUUGAUGAGACUCCUUGACACAAAAGGGUGGGUUUGAGUCCCACAUGAACACUAGCGUGCAUGCUUGGGGUUGAUGAAGUACACUUGAGUAAUUUUUGUAAAGCCAGUGGUUUAAAUAGGGAUAUCUGAUUUACUCUAACCAAAUAUCAGAUUACUGUAUUUCCUUUUGUGGUUCCAUGUGCAUUCUGCAAACUAGCAUUCUUUUAGUGUACCUCUGCAGGCAAAGAAUUUGGAAACUACAUACCUAUAAAACACUAAUCAAAGCUCUUAGAUUGACUGGAUCCCACCCACCACUCUCCCUGCUGAGCAAUUGAGUUAAUUAAAAGAAAAAUAUCUCAAGAAUAUAAGCUCAUAUCAAUAAUCUCAUUUAAAAAAAUAAACAAAGAUUUCCAAAAUUCCAAGUGAGCAAAGGGUGAGCAAAACUUUGACUUAUACUGUCUGUAUUAACUAUAGUGCUGAAUAAAAAUAAUGGUUAAGAAUGAACAAGAUCCAAAAUCUUCCAGAAAGAUCAUAAUAAUCAUGCUUUAGAUAGUGGGUGACACAUUGAGGACACCUAAUUUGUUAAAUGAAGGUGUGAGUGUGCCUAAUCUGGAAAUGAAGUGCCAUACUUUAGAAAAAUACUGUUAGCAGGGGUAUAGUUGGCCAGAAACCACUUGCAACCCCAACAUGUUCUUCCCUGAACUUCCUGUGUAAUGAAGGCAGUUUUCCAUUUGCUGCAUUUGUAGGAAAUGGGGAAACUGAGGAGGCUCUGAAAUGGCCAUGAGAAUUCUUUUUAAGAAUCUUCACCACAAUUACACUGGAGCUGUUCAAGGACUUUUUUCCUUCUGCUCAUUUUAAUGGCCUGAGAUAAUAGAUCAAAAUGAAGGCCUGUCCUCAGAUGUGUAUGAAAGCACAGAAGAACAGGAUAAGACAGGAAUCAAGGCCUCUACCACUGGGGAAUGCAGGUUGCUAUAUACCAGGCAAUGGGUGGGUUUCCAAGGAGAUGUGUCAGAGCCAUGGAAUGCUGCAACUGGGCUGUGCCUGACCCAAGGUGGGGGCGGGUGCAAGGAACCUGCUGGCACAUUAGAGGUCUUUCCUUCUGGAGGCAAACUUUGGAGAAAUGUACAACACUAGCCUAUGUCUGAUGCCCUUCAAAUAUAGCAACUUUCCUAGACAAGUGUGAAUGCCCUGCAAUUGUGGAAACAAAAAUAUGCACAACUUUCCUAGACAAGUGUGAAUGCCCUGCAAUUGUGGAAACAAAAAUAUGCACAACUUCCAAAUGUCAGUCUCAUGAAGGUAUCAGACCAACAGAAAACCAUGCAAGAUCUGAUUGGAUGACAUAAAAGGAUGUUGCAUAAGAAUCGAAGCCGUCAUAUGCUGAAGAAUAACAAAGGACUGAGUCAGGUAGAAGAGUCGAUAAAACCACCUGAUCAAGGAAAAGGAAGGCACAGCGGAGCGCAGAGUGAGAACCACCAACCGAGGCGCCGGGCAGCGACCCCUGCAGCGGAGACGGAGACUGAGCGGCCCGGCCCCGCCAUGCCUGCGCUCUGGCUGGGCUGCUGCCUCUGCUUCUCGCUCCUCCUGCCCGCAGCCCGGGCCACCUCCAGGAGGGAAGUCUGUGAUUGCAAUGGGAAGUCCAGGCAGUGUAUCUUUGAUCGGGAACUUCACAGACAAACUGGUAAUGGAUUCCGCUGCCUCAACUGCAAUGACAACACUGAUGGCAUUCACUGCGAGAAGUGCAAGAAUGGCUUUUACCGGCACAGAGAAAGGGACCGCUGUUUGCCCUGCAAUUGUAACUCCAAAGGUUCUCUUAGUGCUCGAUGUGACAACUCCGGACAGUGCAGCUGUAAACCAGGUGUGACAGGAGCCAGAUGCGACCGAUGUCUGCCAGGCUUCCACAUGCUCACGGAUGCGGGGUGCACCCAAGACCAGAGACUGCCAGACUCCAAGUGUGACUGUGACCCAGCUGGCAUCGCAGGGCCCUGUGACGCGGGCCGCUGUGUCUGCAAGCCAGCUGUCACUGGAGAACGCUGUGAUAGGUGUCGAUCAGGUUACUAUAAUCUGGAUGGGGGGAACCCUGAGGGCUGUACCCAGUGUUUCUGCUAUGGGCAUUCAGCCAGCUGCCGCAGCUCUGCAGAAUACAGUGUCCAUAAGAUCACCUCUACUUUUCAUCAAGAUGUUGAUGGCUGGAAGGCUGUCCAACGAAAUGGGUCUCCUGCAAAGCUCCAAUGGUCGCAGCGCCAUCAAGAUGUGUUUAGCUCAGCCCAACGACUAGACCCUGUCUAUUUUGUGGCUCCUGCCAAAUUUCUUGGGAAUCAACAGGUGAGCUAUGGGCAAAGCCUGUCCUUUGACUACCGUGUGGACAGAGGAGGCAGACACCCAUCUGCCCAUGAUGUGAUUCUGGAAGGUGCUGGUCUACGGAUCACAGCUCCCUUGAUGCCACUUGGCAAGACACUGCCUUGUGGGCUCACCAAGACUUACACAUUCAGGUUAAAUGAGCAUCCAAGCAGUAAUUGGAGCCCCCAGCUGAGUUACUUUGAGUAUCGAAGGUUACUGCGGAAUCUCACAGCCCUCCGCAUCCGAGCUACAUAUGGAGAAUACAGUACUGGGUACAUUGACAAUGUGACCCUGAUUUCAGCCCGCCCUGUCUCUGGAGCCCCAGCACCCUGGGUUGAACAGUGUAUAUGUCCUGUUGGGUACAAGGGGCAAUUCUGCCAGGAUUGUGCUUCUGGCUACAAGAGAGAUUCAGCGAGACUGGGGCCUUUUGGCACCUGUAUUCCUUGUAACUGUCAAGGGGGAGGGGCCUGUGAUCCAGACACAGGAGAUUGUUAUUCAGGGGAUGAGAAUCCUGACAUUGAGUGUGCUGACUGCCCAAUUGGUUUCUACAACGAUCCGCACGACCCCCGCAGCUGCAAGCCAUGUCCCUGUCAUAACGGGUUCAGCUGCUCAGUGAUGCCGGAGACGGAGGAGGUGGUGUGCAAUAACUGCCCUCCCGGGGUCACCGGUGCCCGCUGUGAGCUCUGUGCUGAUGGCUACUUUGGGGACCCCUUUGGUGAACAUGGCCCAGUGAGGCCUUGUCAGCCCUGUCAAUGCAACAACAAUGUGGACCCCAGUGCCUCUGGGAAUUGUGACCAGCUGACAGGCAGGUGUUUGAAGUGUAUCCACAACACAGCCGGCAUCUACUGCGACCAGUGCAAAGCAGGCUACUUCGGGGACCCAUUGGCUCCCAACCCAGCAGACAAGUGUCGAGCUUGCAACUGUAACCCCAUGGGCUCAGAGCCUGUAGGAUGUCGAAGUGAUGGCACCUGUGUUUGCAAGCCAGGAUUUGGUGGCCCCAACUGUGAGCAUGGAGAAUUCAGCUGUCCAGCUUGCUAUAAUCAAGUGAAGAUUCAGAUGGAUCAGUUUAUGCAGCAGCUUCAGAGAAUGGAGGCCCUGAUUUCAAAGGCUCAGGGUGGUGAUGGAGUAGUACCUGAUACAGAGCUGGAAGACAGGAUGCAGCAGGCUGAGCAGGCCCUUCAGGACAUUCUGAGAGAUGCCCAGAUUUCAGAAGGUGCUAGCAGAUCCCUUGGUCUCCAGUUGGCCAAGGUGAGGAGCCAAGAGAACAGCUACCGGAGCCGCCUGGAUGACCUCAAGAUGACUGUGGAAAGAGUUCGGGCUCUGGGAAGUCAAUACCAGAACCGAGUUCGGGAUACUCACAGGCUCAUCACUCAGAUGCAGCUGAGCCUCGCAGAAAGUGAAGCUUCCUUGGGAAACACUAACAUUCCUGCCUCAGACCACUACGUGGGGCCAAAUGGCUUUAAAAGUCUGGCUCAGGAGGCCACAAGAUUAGCAGAAAGCCACGUUGAGUCAGCCAGUAACAUGGAGCAACUGACAAGGGAAACUGAGGACUAUUCCAAACAAGCCCUCUCACUGGUGCGCAAGGCCCUGCAUGAAGGAGUCGGAAGCGGAAGCGGUAGCCCGGACGGUGCUGUGGUGCAAGGGCUUGUGGAAAAAUUGGAGAAAACCAAGUCCCUGGCCCAGCAGUUGACAAGGGAGGCCACUCAAGCGGAAAUUGAAGCAGAUAGGUCUUAUCAGCACAGUCUCCGCCUCCUGGAUUCAGUGUCUCGGCUUCAGGGAGUCAAUGAUCAGUCCUUUCAGGUGGAAGAAGCAAAGAGGAUCAAACAAAAAGCGGAUUCACUCUCAAGCCUGGUAACCAGGCAUAUGGAUGAGUUCAAGCGUACACAAAAGAAUCUGGGAAACUGGAAAGAAGAAGCACAGCAGCUCUUACAGAAUGGAAAAAGUGGGAGAGAGAAAUCAGAUCAGCUGCUUUCCCGUGCCAAUCUUGCUAAAAGCAGAGCACAAGAAGCACUGAGUAUGGGCAAUGCCACUUUUUAUGAAGUUGAGAGCAUCCUUAAAAACCUCAGAGAGUUUGACCUGCAGGUGGACAACAGAAAAGCAGAAGCUGAAGAAGCCAUGAAGAGACUCUCCUACAUCAGCCAGAAGGUUUCAGAUGCCAGUGACAAGACCCAGCAAGCAGAAAGAGCCCUGGGGAGUGCUGCUGCUGAUGCACAGAGGGCAAAGAAUGGGGCCGGGGAGGCCCUGGAAAUCUCCAGUGAGAUUGAACAGGAGAUUGGGAGUCUGAACUUGGAAGCCAAUGUGACAGCAGAUGGAGCCUUGGCCAUGGAAAAGGGACUGGCCUCUCUGAAGAGUGAGAUGAGGGAAGUGGAAGGAGAGCUGGAAAGGAAGGAGCUGGAGUUUGACACGAAUAUGGAUGCAGUACAGAUGGUGAUUACAGAAGCCCAGAAGGUUGAUACCAGAGCCAAGAACGCUGAGGUUACAAUCCAAGACACACUCAACACAUUAGACGGCCUCCUGCAUCUGAUGGACCAGCCUGUCAGUGUAGAUGAAGAGGGGCUGAUCUUAUUGGAACAGAAGCUUUCCCGAGCCAAGACCCAGAUCAACAGCCAACUGCGGCCCAUGAUGUCAGAGCUGGAAGAGAGGGCACGUCGGCAGAGGGGCCACCUCCAUUUGCUGGAGACAAGCAUAGAUGGGAUUCUGGCUGAUGUGAAGAACUUGGAGAACAUUAGGGACAACCUGCCCCCAGGCUGCUACAAUACCCAGGCUCUUGAGCAACAGUGAAGCUGCCAUAAAGAUUUCUCAACUGAGGUUCUUGGGAUACAGAUCUCAGGGCUCGGGAGCCAUGUCAUGUGAGUGGGUGGGAUGGGGACAUUUGAACACGUUUAAUGGGUAUGCUCAGGUCAACCGACCUGACCCCAUUCCUGAUCCCAUGGCCAGGUGGUUGCCUUAUUGCACCAUACUCCUUGCUUCCUGAUGCUGGGCAAUGAGGCAGAUAGCACUGGGUGUGAGAAUGAUCAAGGAUCUGGACCCCAAAGAAUAGACUGGAUGGAAGGACAAACUGCACAGGCAGAUGUUUGCCUCAUAAUAGUCGUAAGUGGAGUCCUGGAAUUUGGACAAGUGCUGUUGGGAUAUAGUCAACUUAUUCUUUGAGUAAUGUGACUAAAGGAAAAAACUUUGACUUUGCCCAGGCAUGAAAUUCUUCCUAAUGUCAGAACAGAGUGCAACCCAGUCACACUGUGGCCAGUAAAAUACUAUUGCCUCAUAUUGUCCUCUGCAAGCUUCUUGCUGAUCAGAGUUCCUCCUACUUACAAUCCAGCAUGUGAACAUGUUCUCCAUUUUCAAGCUGGAAGAAGUGAGCAGUGUUGGAGUGAGGACCUGUAAGUCAGGCCCAUUCAGAGCUAUGGUGCUUGCUGGUGCCUGCCACCUUCAAGUUCUGGACCUGGGCAUGACAUCCUUUCUUUUAAUGAUGCCAUGGCAACUUAGAGAUUGCAUUUUUAUUAAAGCAUUUCCUACCAGCAAAGCAAAUGUUGGGAAAGUAUUUACUUUUUCGGUUUCAAAGUGAUAGAAAAGUGUGGCUUGGGCAUUGAAAGAGGUAAAAUUCUCUAGAUUUAUUAGUCCUAAUUCAAUCCUACUUUUUGAACACCAAAAAUGAUACGCAUCAAUGUAUUUUAUCUUAUUUUCUCAAUCUCCUCUCUCUUUCCUCCACCCAUAAUAAGAGAAUGUUCCUACUCACACUUCAGCUGGGUCACAUCCAUCCCUCCAUUCAUCCUUCCAUCCAUCUUUCCAUCCAUUACCUCCAUCCAUCCUUCCAACAUAUAUUUAUUGAGUACCUACUGUGUGCCAGGGGCUGGUGGGACAGUGGUGACAUAGUCUCUGCCCUCAUAGAGUUGAUUGUCUAGUGAGGAAGACAAGCAUUUUUAAAAAAUAAAUUUAAACUUACAAACUUUGUUUGUCACAAGUGGUGUUUAUUGCAAUAACCACUUGGUUUGCAACCUCUUUGCUCAACAGAAUAUAUGUUGCAAGACCCUCCCAUGGGGGCACUUGAGUUUUGGCAAGACUGACAGAGCUCUGGGUUGUGCACAUUUCUUUGCAUUCCAGCUGUCACUCUGUGCCUUUCUACAACUGAUUGCAACAGACUGUUGAGUUAUGAUAACACCAGUGGGAAUUGCUGGAGGAACCAGAGGCACUUCCACCUUGGCUGGGAAGACUAUGGUGCUGCCUUGCUUCUGUAUUUCCUUGGAUUUUCCUGAAAGUGUUUUUAAAUAAAGAACAAUUGUUAGA